AUGCCUCCCCGUGAGAAAAGCUCGCUCAAGCGAGGAAGGGCUACGGUCGAUGCAGAUUCACAAGACCAAAAGAAACCUCGACGGUCUCAAAGAAUCUCGAGUCAAGUCCAACCACAAGACACGCCAGUCGACUUGGAUUACUUGCCAACCCCAAUCACCGGUCCUCAAUCUGCUGCCACAGAGACUCGGGACGAGCUGACUGUUACACCCCCCGAAAGCCCUCGCAACAGCCAUCAACAAAUCUCAUCCCAACCCGAAUUGUCGCACGCGACUUCCUCGCCGCCAGCGUUGGAGGAUACCCAGGCUCUUUCACAGUUCGUGUAUCCACCCAGAGCAUUCGCAGACGAUGUGAAGGAUGAGGACGCCGAAGGGGUCUGGGGCUACCUGCUACCACUGGAUGAGAACGGGAAUGGCCCGCUUGUGCUGAGGAAGCGCGAUGGUUGCGAUAAUGAUGAUGGUACUGCCAAAUCCAAGGGGAAAAAGCCCCCAAAACCCAAGAGCGCUAAGUCACCAGGUGGCUUCUUGGUCGGCCGUCAUCCUGAGUGUGAUCGCGUCCUUGAAAUUCCCACAAUUUCAAACCGGCACUUCCUCAUUUUUGCCGAAAAGAAGAAAGGCGACAUGGUUGCUGUGCUGGAGGAUCUCUCUAGCAAUGGAACAUUUGUUAAUGAUGCCAUUGUUGGGCGUAACAAGCACCGGGAACUGGAGGACGGCGAUGAAGUUUCAAUUCUGAAUGAAGCCCGUUUUGUCUUCCGCUACCCCCGUACUCGGGAAACGAAUGGUUUCCGUCAUCAAUACCGGAUUCUCAACCAGCUCGGCAAAGGCCACUUUGCAACCGUUUAUCUGUGUGCUGAACGAUCUACCGGAGACAAGUAUGCAGUCAAAGUCUUUGAAAGACGCCUCAGUGACUCGCAAAAGUCACAGAACGACAAUGCUCUGCAACAGGAGAUUGCGUUGUUGAUGGGUGUUCAUCACCCGAAUCUACUGUGUCUCAAGGAACCUUUUGAUGAAAGUGAUGGCGCUUAUUUGGUACUUGAAUUGGCACCCGAGGGAGAAUUGUUCAACUGGAUUGUGAACAAUCAGAAAAUGACCGAGGAUGAAACUCGCGGUGUGUUCCGCCAACUGUUUGACGGGUUGAAAUAUCUGCACGAACGAGGAAUCGUGCAUCGAGAUAUCAAGCCAGAAAAUAUCCUGGUUGCGGACAGGAAUUUGAACGUGAAAUUGGGUGACUUUGGGCUGGCUAAGAUUAUUGGGGAAGAAUCUUUCACGACGACCCUCUGCGGUACACCAAGCUACGUUGCCCCGGAGAUUUUGCAAGAUACCCGCCACCGAAAAUAUACCAAGGCUGUGGAUGUGUGGUCCCUUGGUGUUGUUCUCUACAUCUGUCUCUGUGGCUUCCCGCCGUUCUCGGAUGAACUGAACACUCCAGAGAACCCAUUUACUCUCGCCCAGCAGAUCAAGAUGGGCAAGUUUGACUACCCGGCACCGUACUGGGACUCUGUUGGCGAUCCCGCUCUGGAUCUAAUCGACAGGAUGCUUACCGUAGACGUCAACAAGAGAAUCACCGUGGAUGAGUGUCUUGAGCAUCCUUGGAUGACCGGAAAUUACCCGAGUGUGACUGACAGCACAGAUGGCCUGACGGGGGCCCUUGGUAAACUGGACUUUUCUAAGCGCAAGAUUCAACGGGAGCGGACCCUGUUGAGUAGCAUCAACGAUGCUCACUUUAGUGAGCAUGCCGAAGGCAGCGAGAAACCGGUCAAAGUAUUCCGGAAUGAAGCCGGGAAGCGCGUCCACAACCGACCAGCCAAGGCGUCUCAACGUGAAGUCUCACCCAGUGGCAACCGGGCCCCGAAAGAUUUCAUCAACAUUGGAGAACGUGGCGAUCCCACCUUGUACGACAAUUAA